UUGGCUACUGCGCGGGCGUACCUGUAAGUGCGAUUGUGAAUUCUCGUGAGAUUGUGACUGUGAGUUGCAAAUGGUAGUUGGACUGUCAUCAUUGUAUCGUUAACAUCAGGUCAAAAUGUAUAAAGCCCGGGUAGUAUUCAGUUCACUUACUCCCUUGGCACCUCGUGUUUGUGGAGGUGAAAGAUUUGCUUCCUGGCUAGUUGGAAGCAAUUCUCUCUCUCGUACAUCACAAGUUUUUGUGGCUGUUGAGCCAUCCAGAAGAUAUGCUAGUAAAGUAGCAACAGAACCAUUCUUAAAUGGAAGUACGAGUUCUUAUGUCGAAGAAAUGUAUAAUGCAUGGCUCCAAGAUCCACAAAGCGUGCACGUGUCAUGGGAUGCCUUCUUUCGAAACAGUACCGCAGGAGCAGGUCCAGGACUUGCUUAUCAAGCACCACCAUCGUUAGCAUCAAACUACAACCAAGUUCCUUUAGGAUCUCUUUUGCCAGCUUUAGGAGGAAGUUCACAAGUUGGUCAAGUACCAGUUAAUGAAAAAAUAAUUGAUGAUCAUUUGGCAGUUCAAGCUAUCAUAAGAUCUUAUCAGAUCCGAGGGCAUCAUAUCGCUAAAUUGGAUCCACUUGGAAUCAACAGCGCUGAUCUUGAUGAUAAACAUCCACAAGAAUUGCUCUAUAAUUAUUAUUCGUUUGGAAAGAAAUCUCGCAUCACAUACUCUCAGGAUCUGCAAUAUCGAGUAGCUGCUCUAAUGAAACAGGAAUCAGACAUGGAUCGAGUAUUUAAACUUCCAUCAACUACAUUUAUUGGAGGAAAAGAAAAAUCUUUACCCCUCAGAGAAAUUUUGAAGCGGCUUGAAAACACGUAUUGUGGUCAUAUUGGCGUAGAAUUCAUGUUCAUUAAUUCUUUGGAACAAUGUAACUGGAUAAGACAGAAAAUGGAAACUCCGGGAAUUAUGGAAAUCAACAAUGAUGAAAAAAGAUUAAUUUUAGCUCGGCUUACUCGCGCUACUGGUUUUGAAGCCUUUUUAGCACGUAAAUGGUCAUCAGAAAAACGUUUCGGACUUGAAGGUUGUGAGAUUUUGAUUCCAGCAAUGAAGCAAGUCAUUGAUAAAUCAACUGAGUUGGGCGUGGAAUCAAUUGUAAUGGGAAUGCCUCAUCGUGGUCGCUUAAAUGUUUUAGCAAAUGUUUGCCGUAAACCAUUGAAUCAAAUCUUCACUCAAUUUGCUGCAUUGGAAGCAGCUGAUGAUGGUUCUGGUGACGUUAAAUAUCACUUGGGAACAUAUAUUGAGCGCUUAAAUCGCGUAACGAAUAAGAACAUCCGUUUAGCCGUUGUCGCUAAUCCAUCUCAUUUGGAAGCUGUUGAUCCAGUUGUUCAAGGAAAAACGCGCGCCGAGCAAUUUUAUCGCGGGGACGGGGAAGGCAAAAAAGUCAUGUCCAUUCUUUUGCACGGUGACGCUGCUUUUUGUGGACAAGGUGUUGUUUUUGAAACCAUUGGUUUAUCAGAUUUACCUGAUUAUACAACUCAUGGUACCAUUCAUAUUGUUGUUAACAACCAAAUUGGAUUUACAACUGACCCACGGCAUUCUCGCUCUUCACCUUAUUGUACUGACGUUGCUCGUGUAGUAAAUGCACCUAUUUUCCAUGUCAACUCUGAUGAUCCAGAAGCUGUAAUGCACGUUUGCAAAAUCGCCGCUGAGUGGCGAGCAACGUUCCACAAAGACGUUGUAAUUGAUAUUGUAUGCUACCGACGCAAUGGUCACAACGAAAUUGAUGAGCCCAUGUUCACCCAACCUUUAAUGUAUCGUAAGAUCAGAAAUACUCCUCCAGGGUUAGAUAUUUACUCAAAAAAAUUAAUUGAUGAAGGUGUUGUUACACCAGAAGAAGUAAAAGAUGUCAAAGAUAAAUAUGAAAAAAUAUGCGAAGAAGCUUAUACCAAUGCUCGUCAAGAAACACACAUUAAAUAUAAAGAUUGGCUUGAUUCACCAUGGUCUGGAUUCUUUGAAGGAAAAGACCCAUUAAAAGUAUCUCCAACUGGAAUUAAAGAAGAUACUCUCACACAUAUUGGAAAAAAAUUCUCAUCACCACCUCCUAACGCAGCCGAGUUUGUCAUUCAUAAAGGAAUUGAGCGUAUCUUAAAGGCUCGAAUGGAAAUGGUAGAAUCUCGACAAGUUGAUUGGGCUCUUGGUGAAGCAAUGGCAUUUGGAUCAUUAUUAAAAGAUGGAAUUCAUGUUAGAUUAUCAGGCCAAGAUGUAGAAAGAGGUACUUUCUCUCAUAGGCAUCAUGUACUUCAUCAUCAAACUGUGGAUAAAGCUACUUACCGACCUCUUUGCUUCCUUUAUCCGGAUCAAGCUCCUUAUACAGUCUGUAACAGUUCUCUUUCAGAAUUCGGAGUAUUAGGAUUUGAAUUAGGUUACUCAAUGACAAAUCCCAAUGCUCUAGUUUGCUGGGAAGCUCAAUUUGGAGAUUUUAAUAAUACCGCUCAAUGUAUCAUUGACCAAUUUAUCAGCAGUGGUCAAGCUAAGUGGGUAAGACAAUCGGGUCUUGUGAUGCUUUUACCUCAUGGUCUUGAAGGAAUGGGUCCCGAACAUUCUAGUGCCCGUCUUGAACGAUUUUUACAAAUGUCUGCUGAUGAUCCAGAUUAUUUCCCACCUGAAAGCGAAGAGUUCGCGGUACGACAGCUUCAUGACAUUAAUUGGAUUGUAGCUAACUGUAGUACUCCGGCUAAUUAUUUCCAUAUUCUUCGUCGCCAAAUUGCUCUACCUUUCCGAAAACCUUUAAUUCUUAUGACACCUAAGUCAUUAUUACGUCACCCUGAAGCUCGAUCAAGCUUUGAUGAAAUGACCGAAGAUACUCAAUUCCUUCGACUAAUUCCUGAAGACGGAGCUGCUGCUAAGAAUGCAAGUAAUGUCAAGAGAGUACUGUUUUGUUCUGGAAAAGUAUACUAUGAUUUGAAGAAAUCUCGCGCAGAACGAGGUUUAGAUGAUAAAGUUGCCAUAUCAAGGGUUGAACAGAUAUCACCGUUUCCCUAUGAUCUAGUAAAGAAAGAAGCGGCAAAAUAUUCAAAUGCUGACUUAGUUUGGGCACAAGAAGAAGCUAAGAAUCAAGGUGCCUGGACUUAUGUUCAACCGAGAUUUUCCACAGCUGUUAAUGGAACUCGAAAUCUUUCUAGCAGAAUUUCGGGAGAAAAUAGUGGUGGUUGGUUGAGUAGUUUAUUUUCCUCAUCCAAGUCAUCAAACAAAUCAGAAACUGUGAAUGAAACACAAUCAGAACAAUCGACAGAAUCAAAACGAACAUUGAGAUACGCUGGUCGUCCAACAGCUGCAUCACCAGCCACUGGUAGUAAACCACAACACCUCAAAGAACUUAAACAGUUCCUAGACGAUAGUUUUAAUAAUUUGUAAGACAUUUUAUUAUAUAGAAACAUAAUUUUAUUUAUUUUUGUCCUUUAAAUUUUUUUAUCGAUCAUCCGCAGUAGAAUCAUAUAUUACGUUCAUAGAAAUUAAUUUUGAGACUGUAACAUUCAGCUGUUUAAAGCUCGUUUUAUCCAUUUUUAGGAUGAAAAUUUGAUUAACACUAUCAAAUAAAUUAUUUCAUCUUUUUUAGUAAAUUUUAAACUAAUAGAUACAUAAUUCAUGUUUUCUUCAUAUAACAAAUUUACUCAAUUGUAUUUAGUAUUAACAAAAGAACACGGAUGAUCGACAGAAUUUAGUUUGUCAAUGAAUGACAAAAAUGGAAGAUUGAAUGGUAGGAAGUUAUGUAUAUUCCAACGUCACUAAGUGACUUAUUUAUGUGUGGGUACUCGAUUGAAUGAGUUCGUGCUACGUGAUGCCUUGUAAAAAUUAAAAUAAAUAAUAAUGUACUGAAAUGAUUAUCUCAUACUUAAAUAAUUCUUAGGAAAUUUCAUCAAAACAAAUAUGGAUAAAGUUAUUAAAUUCAUUCAAAGAAAUAUACGUAAAUUUUUGGUAGUUAAUUUUAUUUUAUAAAAAAAUUCAUCAGUUAAUUUAUAAUAUUUUGUGUAUUUUGAACACAUAUUCAAUUCAUUUUACUGAUGCUAAAUUUAAAAGUCCCUUAGAUCAAAUGAAAAAUAAAAAUGAGGAAACGGUUUAUGAAUGUAUGGAAUUUUUUGAAAGUAAUAUUUUACCUUGAAGAAGAGAAAAAGUUCAACUGAAAUUGAAUAUAACAGGAAUUGUAGAUGAAUUAUGGUAUUAUUUAAAAGUCUAUAGUAGACUGAUAUUAUUUACUCUUAACAAUUAUAACAUUUAAAAAAUUUCAGUAUUUAUUCUUUUAAUCCUGUGUAUUAUCUUUUAAUUAUAAAACAUCAAGAUCGAACCAUGUUGAGAUCCAAAACAAAAAUAACUAGCUCAAUUUUUAAUAAAGAACUAGUGUAACUAAAAUAUUUAGAUGAACAUGGUUCGACAAAAUGGAACUGUUUAAGGAUCUUACAAUGGUGCACAUAGUUUUAAAAUAAUAAAAUAAUUUUAAUAAUAAAAAAAUAACUAUGUUGAAUUUUUCGGCCAGAGGCAAUAAAGUUUCAGCAUAUGUAACACUGUUAAGUAAUUAAAUUAUACAUAAACAAAU